AUGGUCGCCAACACUGAGCCAGCUGGUUACCAAGCCACCUCCGCUUUCAAGUUCACCGAACCCACUUUCAACAAGCCCGUCCAAGCCAAGCCCUCAGGCCCAAACAAGCUCUUCGCCAACCCAGGAACUGUCUUUGGCGACUGGCGCGAUGAUCUCUACCGAGAUGGUUUCGCCGUCAUCAAGGGAGCUAUUCCUCUCGACAGAGCUGAGAAAUACGGUGAUGAGAUGCUCACAUACCUAGAGACCUUCAACGGCGGCAUGGGCUUUAAGCGCGAUGACCCCAGCACCAUCAAAACCGAGACUCUCCCCGUCAUAACCGAAAAGGGCAUGAUCACAGGCUACGGCGUCGCCCACGAAUCCUUCGCCUGGGCCAUCCGCCAAGAACCCGGCGUCAUCGAGGCCUUUGAGCGCGUCUACGACACACAAGACCUCAUCGUCUCCUUCGACGCCGUCAACACAUCCUUCCCCAACCGCAAAGACGUCAAGGUCAACAAGCCCUGGCCGCACCAGGACCAAGACCCCGAGAACCCCGGUUUUCGCUGUCUCCAAGGCCUAGUCAACAUCUUCCCUAAUGGUGAUAAAGACGGUGGUUUGAUCGUUUGCAAAGGCGCGCAUCUUCUUAGUGAAGAGUUCCACAAGGAUUUUAAGGAUGAGCCGAAUAAGAUCUGGGCUUGGACUCAUGAGUGGUACGGUUUCACAGCGGAGGGCAUGGAGUGGUUGAAGAACAAGGGCUGUGAAUGGGAAAAGGUCAAUGCGGGACCUGGAGAUCUUAUUGUUUGGGAUUCGCGCACUCCUCAUUACAAUGUUAGUCCUGAGGGUACGCAGCCUAGGUUCUGCACUUAUACGUGCUACAUGCCUGCUGCGGAUGCUACGCAGGAGGAUCUGAAGAGGAAGAAGGCUGCGUUUGAGAAUCUGCAGGGGACGACGCACUGGCCUAAUGCUAUGCAUGUUGGAGGAAUUCCUGUCUUGAGGAAUGGAGAGCCUUGUCCUUAUAACACCAACAAGCCCAGGAAGGCGCCUGAGCUGACGAACCGAGGAUUUCUGUUGACUGGCAUUCCGUAUAUUAGUGCGUAA